AUGUAUUCCAUAAGGGGAUCGCGUCAAAUAUUUCAGUUAAAAACAAUCGUUGGUUUAGUUGGUGAUUUUUCGCGUGAUGUAUGCGAUGAAAAUGAGAGCGAUGCCGAUUUACUGCAUGAACUUCGAUUCAAAGUUCGUCCAUUUCUCAUUAAUUUGGACGAAGAAAUGAGUGCAUGUGAACGACUGAUUCGUUUGAACAUCGAUAACGCAAGAAUCAGUGAAGAGAGAGUUGCAUGGUUGCUUAAGUUCAACAAAUAUCAAUUAGAAAUGAGAAGGAUGUUAGCCGAAUUAUCAAGCGCAGUAUAUGACGACUUGGAACGUGUACUGACGCUACGUCAUCGUGGUUGUUUGGGUUUAUGUCCUAAGAAAGAGACAGUCGACAACUUGUAUCAAAUGAAGCUCGGCAUGGAUAGAGCUAAAAAACUAAUUAUUCGUGAACGGACUGAUAAUUAA